AUGAGGCUCCCUGUCAGAAAUCGGCUCGCGGUCAGUGCCCUACGAGCGCUCUGGAUCCUAACUAUCCUAUGGUUCGAGUUCGGCACCUUUUACUACGUUGUUGGCCGAUGUUCAUGGCCUGAUGUUGAUGUCGUCGCCGGUCCGAAGGAUUCUGCCAAGCAUGUUCUCAUCGUCGCUGACCCACAAAUUCUGGACCACCGUUCUUACCCCGGUCGUUCCGCACUCUUGACGUUUCUCUCAAGACUGUUCACGGAUUUGAAUCUGCGAAAAAGCUGGCGGGCGGUUGCAACAAAGAAGCCUGAUGCCGUGGUGUUCCUGGGCGAUAUGAUGGAUGGGGGGCGGCUCGAGAUGUCGGAUUCCGAAUAUGAAGAUUAUUUUCGCAGAUUUAUGCAUAUUUUUGGCUUGAACGCCGACAUGCCAGCUUAUUUCAUUCCGGGAAACCACGACACAGGUUUGGGUAUUUCAGCGACUUUUUCCCAUGAUGCCCGUGCGCGCUACAUUUCCCACUUUGGCCCACUGAAUAGCCAGUUCUCUAUUGCCAAUCACACCCUCGUGCUUCUGGAUGCCCCGACUCUCGUGGAAGAAGACUACCGCAGGAAUGGGCGCGGCCAGUCUUUCGACGAUUGGAAAGCCGCUCCUGAUGGUCCUAUACAAUUCGUCAAGUCCUUUUCUGCUGGUCAGCACAUGCAGCCUGUCAUUCUCUUUAGUCACAUCCCUAUGUCGAGACCCGACGGCUCUAACUGUGGUCCCCUUCGAGAAAGAGGCACCAUUCGCCGUGGAGUUGGACUUGGAUAUCAGAACACGCUCGGGAAACAGACGAGCACCUUUCUCAUGGACAGCUUUCGCCCGACGUUGAUCUUCAGUGGCGACGAUCACGACUAUUGCGAUUACCAUCACGAGUUUCGAUUAGAUGGCAAGCUGCGGCACGUAAAGGAGGUCACUGUAAAGUCUUUUUCUAUGGCGAUGGGAGUACGAAGACCUGGUUUCCAGUUGUUAUCCCUUGUACCUCCUAACGAGGUGUCGAGAUCAAGCCACGCCAACAAGCCCUGUCUUUUGCCUGACCAGAUAGGCAUUUAUCUGAACAUCUACAUUCCCUUGAUCGUACUCUCGCUUCUUUUGCUACUUGUGGUGAACCUUUCCCGCACACGACGCCUACCGCCAUGGAUGACAUCCAGGCCUUCCAUAACUACUAACCAAAACUUUCAUGUCGGCAGGGCGUCAUCGCCGUUCUUCAAAACACUUCGGUCGAGGUUUGACGUCGACAAAGACAAGGACUUUGCAUAUCAGAGUGACCGGAACAAUUUGUCUUUACCGUUACCUACUUCGUCCAAUCUUGGACGGCGGCGUCACAUAAAAUGGCAAUACGCGUGUUGCUCGCUUGCGGCCCCUCUACGUGUCGGAGCUAGUAAACAAAGAGGUUUCAUCAGCGGCUUCUUACGAGACAUCAGGGAUGUGGCCAUUUUCCCGCUCUCCAUAUUCAUGAUCGUCGCAUGGAUAUUCUCUUAA